AAGUAAUGGAAGAUCCUCUGAUUGCCCAUCUGUCUUAACUUUGUUCUCUCUUCUCUUCUAUAGAAUUGCUCCACCUUUUUUGUUAAUUAUGCAUUUUGAAAUUAUUUAUUCCUUACAGAGAAACAAAGAAUGAAUCUUUCUGGUUUUUCUGAUGGGGAUCAAACAGCGAUUGACUCUCCAAAUCAGGAGAGUCUCGUGUCCUUCGAGGAGGUGGCUGUGUCUUUCUCUGAGGAGGAAUGGUCUCAGCUGGAUCCUGACCAGAAAGCGCUGCAUUCGGAAGUCAUGCUUGAAAACCAUAGGAACGUGGCCUCUCUGGGUAAGAGUUCUCUAGUCCCCAAUCAGAGAGUUCAAGAAGACAAAUUAUAGUUAAUUUUUUUAUUAAAAAACCACUAA